AUGACAAAGCCCUCGAGUAACAGUAGUGAUCCAGAAGUGGGCCACCAUGAAGCACUCCAUGCUAUCCGAUCCGCAGCUAGUAUCUCGAUGAGCCCUGAGCUCUUCGAGAAGCUCUAUCUUGCACCUCCCAACGCUGUCAAGGGUGAUCUGAGGAAGACGUUUGGUAACCCAACACCCUUAGCACUCGCGGGAUUCUUGCUAGCUUUGAUGCCUCUGUCCUGUGACUUGAUGGGUUGGCGUGGUGCUAGCCACUUUGGCGCAGCUUCCAUCCCUGUCUACUUCUUCGAGGGCGGUGUCCUCAUGGUCAUCAGUGGGAUCAUGGAGUGGAUCCUUGGCAACAGCUUUCCUUCUUGUGUCUUUACAAGCUUUGGCUUCUUCUAUCUCUCAUUCGGUGGAAUCCUCCAUCCAUCCUUCGCUGCAUAUUCUUCAUAUGCACCUGCUGACGCAAAGUCACCUGCUGAGGGAAUGGCUACCAAGGGCUUCAACGCAAGCUUGGCUCUUCUAUGUCUCCUUGGAGCAUUUUGGGCAUGGGCGGAAGACUAUACUGGGAACACAUUGUUGGCUCAACGGCUAUGCGUGGGUGCUGGCGCACUACUCUUUGUGACAUCGUUUGCCGGAUGGUAUAUCCUCCUCGCUAUCUUACUUGCCAUUGUCGACUUCCCGAUUCAGAUUCCGGUUGGUGAUCUAUCUUCUGUCAUCAAAGGGAAGAGUGAGAGGGAGAUGCGCUUGGGAAAAUAA